GAGGUUGGAUGACAACAUUCGAACUGUAGUGAGGGGACAGACCAACGUGGGACAGGAUGGCAGGCAGACAUCAAAUUGCACGCUGCUUCCUUGGCUGCAGUGCCCAGGUUUGGCUCACGUGGUUGAUGUGCCUCUGCUGCUGGGACAGCACUGCCUGCCUUUGCCUGAGCCUUAAGAGCAGAUGAGGAAAAUCACCGCCCUGGAAGAAGCCCAGAAAGCCAUUCAACAGCUCUUUGGUAAAAUUAAGGAUAUUAAAGACAAGGCUGAAAAAUCUGAACAAAUGGUUAAAGAAAUCACACGGGAUAUCAAACAGCUAGAUCAUGCCAAGAGGCAUCUGACUACUUCCAUCACCACCCUCAAUCACCUGCACAUGCUGGCGGGGGGCGUGGAUUCACUGGAGGCUAUGACCAGGAGGAGACAAUAUGGGGAAGUUGCCAACCUUCUCCAAGGUGUCGUGAAUGUGUUAGAGCACUUCAACAAAUACAUGGGGAUUCCUCAGAUUCGACAGCUUUCUGAAAGGGUGAAGGCAGCACAGAAUGAGUUAGGACAGCAGAUCCUGGCUGACUUCGAGGAAGCCUUUCCUUCUCAAGGUACAAAGAGGCCUGGUGGACCCAGCAAUGUCCUACGUGAUGCGUGUCUAGUCGCCAAUGUCCUGGAUCCCAGAAUCAAACAGGAAAUCAUCAAGAAAUUUAUUAAACAACACCUCUCAGAGUAUCUGGUCCUUUUCCAGGAAAACCAAGAUGUGGCCUGGCUGGAUAAGAUUGACCGGCGCUACGCUUGGAUAAAGCGUCAGCUGGUGGACUAUGAGGAGAAGUACGGGCGCAUGUUCCCCCAGGAGUGGUGCAUGACGGAGCGCAUCGCUGUGGAGUUCUGCCACGUCACGAGGACAGAGCUCGCUAAGAUAAUGCGCACAAGAGCAAAGGAGAUUGAGGUGAAAUUGCUUUUGUUUGCAAUUCAGAGGACAACCAACUUUGAAGGACUUCUGGCUAAACGCUUCUCCGGUUGCACUCUAACUGAUGGGACAGUGAAGAAGCCAGAAGUGCCACCUCCCUCCACCAACCCAUUCCUGGAGGAUGAAACUGGGACGGAGACAGAUGAGAUUGUGAUCGAGAAAAGUGAUAUGGACAAACCAAAGAAGCCAAAGGUCCCUGACAAUCCUUUCCAUGGCAUUGUUUCCAAGUGCUUUGAGCCUCACCUUUACGUGUAUAUCGAGUCCCAGGACAAAAAUCUCGGCGAACUGAUUGACAGGUUUGUGGCUGGCUUCAAGGCUCAAGGUCCCCCCAAACCCAACGUGGACGAAGGAGGAGCCGUCCUGCCCAGCUGUGCCGACCUCUUCGUGUACUACAAGAAGUGCAUGGUGCAGUGCUCCCAGCUCAGCACAGGCGAGCCGAUGAUAGCCCUGACCACCAUAUUCCAGAAGUACCUUCGGGAAUAUGCUUGGAAAAUUCUGUCUGGAAACCUGCCCAAGACAACUAGCAGCAGUGGUGGGCUCACCAUCACUAGUUUGCUGAAAGAAAAGGAAGGCUCUGAAGUGGCUAAGUUUACUUUAGAAGAACUCUGCCUCAUUUGCAGCAUCCUUAGUACUGCGGAGUACUGCUUGGCCACCACCCAGCAGUUGGAAGAGAAACUCAAAGAAAAAGUGGAUGCAAGUCUAGUGGAGAGAAUCAACCUGACGGGAGAGAUGGACACUUUCAGCAUUGUGAUCUCCAACAGCAUACAGCUGUUAGUGCAGGACCUGGAUGCAGCCUGCGACCCUGCCCUGACUGCUAUGAGCAAGAUGCAGUGGCAGAAUGUGGAACAUGUUGGUGACCAGAGUCCUUAUGUCACCUCAGUGAUUCUCCACAUUAAACAGAAUGUCCCCAUCAUCCGCGACAAUCUGGCCUCCACGAGAAAGUAUUUCACUCAGUUCUGUAUAAAAUUUGCAAAUGAGAAGCAGCCGGCUUUCCAGGAGGCACUCAUGGGCAGGGUGAGGGGCUCUGCUCUCGCUGCACCUCAGUCCUUAUCCUUUGAAAUCAAAAACCGCAGCGGUGAAGCUGUGGCUGCUCUGCCGGGAUGUGUUUGGGAAGUCUGUGACCUGACCUCAAUGAGGAAGAGAUUAGAACUGAGAGACAGGAAAAACAAACAGCUCUCCCCCUCGCCAGAAAAGCGCCUCGUCCAUCGCGAACAGUCGAGCAUGGUGGGGAACUGCAGCAGGCCUCCUCCCCGUUGCUCCGGCCUUUGCAUCGUGCUCUCAGCGCGAGGAGUUAGGCGGAAGAAGAUCGUGAUGAGGAGGCUCCUGGAGGUUUCGAAGCAGUGGGCCAAGCUAAGCCUGGGCGAGCCUGCGAGGACUGGUCACCGCCUCGGCGGGUGGCGUAAAGCAAAACCCUUCUCAGCUGCAGUGACUCAGUGACAGCAGGACGCUUUGGGUGAUGUCUGGUGGUAGCUGUCUCCUGUCAGACAGACAGACUGUGGUUGCAUCUCUGUCUGCCUUGCCUAGCAAGGCAUUGCAUUUGAUGCGUCGUCAGUGCAGGGGAUUAGGAAAAUACAGGCGUUGGCAGAGCCACUCCCGUUGGAUGGGAGCCUCUCAGAUGCUGUGGUUUCUGUGCUUUAGGUUCCUAAUCUGCCUUGCACUGCUUUAUUAUUACACUGGGGACUUGUCUGUUUCUAUGGAGGGUUUGCUGGAUUCAGUUUUAUAGCCGAAGCUGUAAAUGAAUUCUGGCAUCCAGUCUAGCUCUGUGGAUGUGCAGGGAGUAAAGGCAUUUAGAGUACAAAACCACGUGCAGAGCAUUACCAUUGCAUAUGCACGUAUUAUUCGCAUCAGGACUGCCUGCUGUAUGCUAAGAGAGCCAAGCAUUGAGUCCAGCCGAGGCAAGAGACUCAAGUGAAUUUCUCAGUUAAAUGCAACUGCUCUUGACGGUCUCUGCUAGUCCAGGAAAAAAAAAAAAAAAAAAAAGAAAGAAAAAAAUACCAGAGCAGCCCUUGGAUCUUAUGGUUUGUCUUGUCUGUCCUGCUGGAGUCGAGAAGCUGUUUCCAAUAAGGCAGCGUGAAAUAACAGGCAUGUGGGGAUGGAAGGUUGCUUUACCCUUCUGCAUUGAUUGUGGGUGGCCGUCCUACGGGGCCUGGGAAUUGUUUCAUGCAAGACAGAAUGCCGUCUAUGGGAGACCAUGUGGUUAUACAGAAAAGUAGAGGGGAGGGGGUCCUUUGACUGCCGGUCUGCCACCCUCCAGAAAGAAAGGCUCGCCCUGUUUCUCAUGCACAUUGAGCUCCAUGCCUGACCUUACAGAGGGAGGGAGAGUUGGACCUACGUGCAAGAUCAAAGGUACAAUUAAUCUCUUGUGCUCUUCCACUUGUAGCAAGCUGCUGCAUCCAGAGCUGCUACCCAGUGAUCAUUUUAUAGGAUCACCUAAGCUCCAGCUGUGCUUGGCACUCUCCAAUUGCCCCCUGGGAGUCAGUCAUAACACCUGAAAAAAUGGACUUCUGAAACAGAUAAGUUGCUGUAAUGCUUUCAUGCAAGAGGAGACAGGGCUUGUUUUCCUCCUCUUAUUUAUAUUUUGUUGCCAAGGUUGUUUCUCCGGUGGCCAAAUUCAAAGCUGUUUGGGGCAGCCCGGUAGCUGGUUCUCAACAGUAAUUUGAAAUUGUUCUCCUUGACGCCUCUCCAGGAAAAGAUGAUUCACUGCGAGAGGUCGUGGCUGUGUCUGAGGGAAGGGGAAGGGAAGGAGCCUUCGCUUGGAAGGACUCUUCCUUGAACCAUUUCUUUCGAUUUGCUCAGCAGCUUGGCGUGCUCUGUGCCUGAGUUAUGCUUUUGUCAUUCUUCCAUGAGAAAGGGCAAAAAAAAAAAAAAAAAAGGAAGGCCUGGCUUGGAAAACAGGUGGCAGGACAAACAAGAUGCUGUCCGUGCUCCUUGCUUCGUGGGAAGGAAACAAAUGGCUUGACAGAUGCAAGGAGGAAACCACGCUGAAUUUAGAUCAUCCCCAUAAAUGGCGCCUCGUUCAAAAGGACAGAAAACAGACCAACUUACAUGAACUUAGGACAGAGCCAUUAAAAUCUAAGACCUGCGACCAGGUCAUGGGCAAGGUCCUGGAAACGUGAGCUUUGUAGGCAUUCAGCCAAAGAAGGCCAUGUGAAAGAGGCAGCGUACAUUAAAAACAAGGCAGUAAAAAGAAGACAAGAGUAUGAGUGGUGUGGUCCUGACAGACGGAUUUCGUGUUGCUCGUGCUGGCCCCUCUCCUCACCUUCAGUUCCUGAGUUUUCCUGGUGCUGCACCUUGGUAGGGUAGGUGGGGCAGGAGCUUCUCCUGCAGGUGCUCGGCCAGCGCUUCUGCAGAAGGGAGCAUUGCCUUCUGCACUGAAGAAUGAAAAGACAGCAAAGCCUAAUAUCAAGAAGCAAAAAGCUGAAACCAAAGCUCUGGAGUACAUUGUCCAAGGUGGCGAAUUUUGGAUUUCCAUCCUUGCUGAGUUCUCCCCAACUGAGUACAUGCACCUUAGUCGUUUUUCUGAGUCUGAAGUUCACGUUAGUAAAAUAGGGUAAUGGUGUUUUCCUUUUCACAAAACUUUUUCUUGUCUUGAUUGUGUUGGCCAGAAGCUUUCUGGAAGAGUGCCCUCCUGUGUGAGCGUCCAGGGCCCAGCAGACCUCCAGCCUUGGCUGGACCUCAAGUUCAGUGUGUAAUAUGCAUGUUAUGGAAUUACUUGUAUGCAGUAAAAUGUAGGUUCUGGAUACAGUCAAGAUACUUCUACUCCAUGAAUAGCUAUAGUAAUCCUGGCGUGUCGCUGGUUUUAUGAUCUGCAAUAGUUUGUUUGCUUGUUCUUGACCUUGUACUGUAAUACUUCAUAUAUAGUUCAUAGCAAUUUAUUUACAUAGAAUAUGUGUGCAACUUCUCAAUUAACUUAGAGAUCAGUAUGGAUUAAAGCAGAAGAAUUGUACCUGGGGUUAGUUGUUUUGGUAUUUAAUACACUUAAUGUGUCUGGCGUCAGCUUGAGAACCAGGCACUUACAGAGUCUUUGUGGAAAGCCACCCUGGUUUGGUUUUGUGUGCUUUGUUAUCACUGAUGACUGUAUGACUCCAAAUGCUCACAUGUAAUUGUGUCAUUUUUC